CCUAAGCGUUGGUAAAAGAUGUAGAAUAUUAUUCCGUGUCAUUCGUGGACAACCUCCCAAAUUUUGACUUCCGCUUCCUUUCUACGCGGAAUUUUCCCAAGUGGAUAUCAUUAAGGACGUCCGUUUCUCGACAUGGCUGGUUCGGAUACGGAAGGAGAUGAAAUUUCCACUGGGGCGGGAGCUAUGGAUGUCAUGACCGCCCUACAAGAAGUCCUCAAAACUGCACUGAUCAGUGACGGACUAGCACGUGGAUUACAUGAAUGUGCUAAAGCACUAGAUAAACGUCAAGCUCACUUAUGCGUACUUGCUAACAACUGUGAUGAAGCUAUGUAUGUGAAGUUGGUUGAAGCUCUCUGCGCUGAACAUGGUAUCAAUCUUAUCAAGGUUGAUGAUAACAAGAAACUAGGAGAAUGGGUUGGCCUGUGCAAGAUUGACAAAGAAGGAAAGGCUAGGAAAGUGGUUGGCUGUAGUUGUGUUGUUAUUAAGGAUUACGGCAAAGAAUCACAGGCCCUUGAUGUACUUAACGAGUACUUCAGGAACAAGAAAUAGACUUGAUAACAGGAAAAAAAUAAGAGAAAUAACCUGUAAAAUUGUACAAUAAAACAGUGCAGUUUUGAGGAAA